AUGGGUAUUUUCAACAAAAGUAGCCACGACGCGCACACCAAUCAGGCGCAUGGGCAGGAUGCGAAGAUCACCAAAGAAGACCGGGACCAUUUCAAGCUUCGCUCGAGCUCGGUUCACGACCCUGUUCUAGAGGCUGUCCAGGAGGCCCAGCCAUUUGAACAGGCUGCGGACACGUCGCGGGACGACCCCAACAGACAGUCGUACUAUUCUGGAGAACACGCUGACAAUCAUCCUAAGGACGUUUUCGGCCAGCCCAUUAAUCAACCGGAUAUCUCGAAUCCAACGCGGUCCAGAGACGAAAGGCCGCUCGACACCAUCCGCGGCUUCGAGUACUCAAUUUCUGGUGAUCCAUCCUGGGGUCAAAGACUUGAAACUCAGCAAUACGGCUUCCGUGUAAGGCCUGAUUUCCCACAGUUUGGCAAUGUUGACCCACAUGCCAUGUCGUCUUCGACGCAACAGCCCUACAUGCACGACCAGGCAGUCUAUUCGGCGCCGGCGCCAGACUCAUUGCCUGAGGGCGGCAAAAAGAAGAAGAAGCGGGGGUUCUUUGGUCGCAAGAAGAAUGAAUAA